GAUGGGGAGAGGGAGAGAUCCUUCUCUCUCAUUCUAACCAGCGCAACGACAGACGCGCACUCUCAUCCAGUUCGUGACAGACGGAGGGACGAGGACGAAAAAGCUCAACCACACAGUGCCCACCUCAGAAGCUACACCACACAAGGUUGCUGUCCAGGAUGGCAGGGAUGAAGGAGCAGCAGAUCACGGAGGAGAAGCCCCUGCUGCUGGAGCAGAGGGGAGUGGACUCAGACAUGCAGGAUAAAGGAGAGGAGGCAUCGGGGGAGCUCCCGUGCCCUGCAAGCUCUGUACCCCCUAAUGAACCCCCUCCCCCCCGCCGCCCCAAUCACCGCUGGCAUGUCAUCGCACGGCACUGGCUCCGCCAGACCCGCCGUCGGACCAGCGGGGUCCUCCCGGAAAGCUGCGAACAGCUGAUGCCACCAGGCGACUGGAAGGAACACGAUGUUGAGACCCCUUAUGGGAUGCUGCACGUGGUGAUCCGAGGUGCACCCAAAGGAAACAAACCCGCCAUCCUCACCUACCACGACGUGGGGCUGAACCACAAGCUGUGCUUCAACAGCUUCUUCAAUAAUGAGGACAUGCAGGAGAUCACCAAGCACUUUGUGGUUUGCCACGUUGAUGCCCCUGGGCAGCAGGUCGGGGCUGCGCAGCUGCCACAAGGGUACCAGUACCCCACUAUGGACCAGCUUGCCGGGAUGCUGCCCACUGUUGUGCAACACUUUGGAUUCAAGAGCAUCGUGGGGAUCGGAGUUGGAGCUGGAGCUUAUGUCCUGGCCAAGUUUGCUCUGAUCUUUCCUGACCUGGUGGAGGGUUUGGUUCUGCUCAACAUCGACCCCAAUGGAAAAGGAUGGAUUGACUGGGCUGCUACCAAGCUGUCAGGUCUGACCAGCAACAUCCCAGACAUCGUGUUGCCUCAUCUUUUCAGCCAGGAGGAGCUGGUGAGCAACACAGAGCUGUUGCAGAGCUACCGGCAACAGAUCGGCAACGCCCUCAACCACUUCAACCUGCAACUUUUCUGGAACAUGUACAACAGUCGCAGAGACUUGGAGAUUAACCGCAGUGGGAUGGUCCUCAACGCCAAGACUUUGAAGUGUCCUGUGAUGCUGGUUGUGGGAGACAACGCUCCCGCUGAGGAAGGAGUGGUUGAGUGCAACUCCAAGCUGGACCCGACCAACACCACCUUCCUAAAGAUGGCCGACUCUGGUGGACUUCCCCAGCUCACGCAGCCCGGCAAACUGACUGAAGCCUUCAAGUAUUUCCUGCAGGGGAUGGGCUACAUCGCUUAUGUGAAGGAUCGGAGGUUGAGUGGAGGUCCAGUGCCUUCAGCGAGUAUGACCCGCCUGGCUCGCUCCAGGACGGCAUCUCUGACCAGUGCCGGCUCCAUGGAGGGGUCUCGCUCCCGCGCAUGCACCAACUCUGACAGCACCGAGGGAGUUGGCACGGUCUCCCAGACCAUGGAGGUGUCAUGCUGAGGAGCCACAGAAGAAGGAAGGAGGGGGGGUAGUCAGGAUGGAGAGGGAAAGCAAGAAGCAAGAGGGGAAGGAGUGAAGAUUGAAGGUGGAGAGAAAAAAAAUGAGCCAUGACGAAGGCUCUCUCUACCCUCGUCUUUCCCACAUAGAUCCCUUUGCCCGCCAUUCUCGUUUUCCCUCUGUCACUGUAAGAUACCACACGUAUUACUACUAACACAUCCAGACACACUGCUCCACCCGUCCACCGUCCCCCGACCACCGCCCUCCUAUCCCACACUUACAGAUCUAAGCAGCUGUUUUUGUUCUUGAAGUGUUAUUCUUGUGUUUGCUACGUGUGUCCUCUUUUUUUUUUGCCUGCGCUCUUUUUAACCCCCCCCCCCCCCAAAAAAAAAAGGACAAAAAACAAAACCAUGCACACAGAUAAGCUACCAUGUAUGUAAAACCUCCACGCAGCACUUUGCCCAAAAGGGCUGCUGUUAACAUCUUAUAUGAAAGUACGGUACUAGGAGAAAAAAAAAGACGGUUAGUAAAAACGUAAAGAGCGCCGUAUUGGAACAAUAAAUCAAAUGUAUGUGUGUUUGAUAAUUAGUCUGUUUUUCUGUGGGGAACUGUGAGUAUCUCUCUCUGUGGUGUUUGGGAGGAUGGUUCACCUCUGCGUGAGGGUCAUUUGACCAGGAAGGAGGUGCGUCCAGAGUCGGACAGACAGCAGAACACAGUCUUGUCGUAGUGCAGUGCCCAUGUAGCGCUUAGAGAGGAAGUGUUAGCGUCUUGUAGAAGAUAGUUAGAACACACUAUGCUUAUUCAAAGCUGCACUCCUGAAGAUUUCUCCUAAACUUUUAAAUGGCACCGCACAAGAACCAUGAUAUCAUGUUGUGUGCCAAUUCAUCUUUUUAUUAAGUUCUGUCACAGGACGCCUUUUCUGUUCAGCACAUUUAACACAAUAGCUUCGUCUGUUUUCAUUUCCAUCAUAACACGCAGAGAAAAUGGCUUAAGUAUUUGACAAAUAUUUUAUUUCACUUUUAAUAUUUUUAUUCUUUAUUUUUUUGAGCAAGAUGACAAUCUUGAGAUCAUUAUGUUAAAUUAAUCUAAACUGGGAUGUAUUCCUGAGGAAAAUGCAACAGUGUUAGCUGUUUACAACUUUUAUAGCUGUAACAGGCAUGAAGGCAAGUCUAUAACUACAAUGAGAGUAUUGAUGGGUUUUACUGAGCCGUUUAAAAAAAAAAAUCAUUUUAGGCAACGUAAGGCAAGGCAAGUUUAUUUCUAUAGCACAAUUCAACACAAGGUAAUUCAAAGUGCUUUACAUCAACAUUAUCUGAGGGAGUCGAUUUGUAGUGCUUUGGCUUUGCACCAAGAGAGUUCCAGGGAGGACUUGCUGAUUUAUUGCCAUUUAUUCCCAGCUCCUGUUGCGUCUUGGUGGUGUUAGUUAGCUUUCUGUUAGCCUGCUCCCUUUCACUUUUUGGGAAAUCGGCAGAGUAGAUUUUAGUUUAAAACUGCCCAUAGAUAAUGCAGCAUGAAACUCUUUGUCCCUUGCAUUGUUUUUAAAUGUUGAUCAGGUUGUCAGUUUGCUCCAAUGUCCCACUGGUAGACAUGGAAAAACAUGUCAGGACUCCGUAACUGUAGUAACACUUGUUAACGCGUCAAGGUUAAUGACCUGCAAGGUCCUAAGGAUCGGGUCAAAAUGACCAAAGACAGAGUUAAGGCCCGCAGCUCCUCAGAGGGCUUGCCUUACCCUCAGCACCUUGAAGGGUUAAAUUGAAAAAAAAAAAGAAAGAAAA